GUCAAACUCACAAUACAAAACAACACUCUUACAAUAUUCUUAUUUUCAAUGGGAUCCUCUAAGCCUAUGAUAACCAUUUUUCUCUUGCUAUUCUCACUCUUUGUUCUUGUUCCUAAUCCUUCUUUAGCCAAUUCAAGAAUACUUGCUCUAGUUAAAGAAAAACCCCUUGUCCUAAAAUACCACAAAGGGGCUCUAUUAAAGGGAAACGUUACUAUUAAUCUUAUAUGGUAUGGAAAAUUCACCCCUGCACAACGUUCGAUUAUCGUCGAUUUCAUCCAAUCUCUUAGCCCUAAGACCAAGAAAAUUACGCCACCUCCUUCCGUCGCUUUGUGGUGGCGCACCACCGAGGCGUACAAAGGUGGCGCUUCCGUUAUUUCCUUGGGAAAACAAAUUAUCGACGAAAAAUAUUCUGUUGGAAAAUAUCUAAAAGACUCUCAACUAGAGUCUUUGGCUUCUAAGGCUACUCAUGCCAAUUCUAUCGCUAUCCUAUUGACGGCGAUGGAUGUAGCCGUCGACGACUUCUGCAUGAACCGAUGUGGCAUGCACGGGUCGACCCGGGUGAAGAAAGGAGGUAAAUUUGCAUAUGCUUGGGUGGGUAACUCGGCGAGUCAAUGUCCGGGUCAAUGCGCGUGGCCAUUCCAAAAGCCUAUUGUGGGGCCACAGAUUACGCCAUUAGUCGCACCUAACGGCGACGUGGGAGUUGACGGAAUGAUUAUUAACUUGGCGACUGUUUUGGCGGGUACCGUUACAAACCCGUUUGAUGGCGGGUAUUUUCAGGGUCCAGCUAACGCGCCUUUAGAAGCUGUGUCUGCUUGCACAGGGAUAUUCGGAUUGGGUGCUUUUCCUGGAUAUCCGGGUACGGUUUUGCUGGAUAAGAAGACGGGUGGUAGCUAUAAUGCACCGGGGGUGAAUGGGCGGAAGUAUCUGCUUCCUGCUAUGUGGGACCCAAAAACAUCAAAGUGCAAGACAGUCGUGUGAAAUUAUAUAUUAUUGCCAUAAAAGAAAAAGAAAAGGACAGAUAUUUUUAAUAUUAUUUUUUAAUUUCAAUAUAUGAUUUGUUCAUUCGAUUUGGAAAUUGUGUGUUAUACAGUACUAAUAUGAGAUUGUGGAUUUUCAUCAAAUAUGUUUUAAGAAAAAAGAGAAGUAAAAGUUCAAUUAAA